UAAAGGGAACAUGAAGCCGCUUCUCCCGGAGGAUUUAAGCGCCUGAAGUUUCUUCGGAAGAUGCCGUAAAGAAGACGCGGAGCAGACGGAGUCAAACAGCCCGGUGCGCACCUCCCUCUCCCCGGCGGGACUGAAGCGCGACAGUCCCGCUCUUCUGCCGCUGCUGGAGGGACACUUCUGCCGCUCCUCCCGCAUCUUUUGUCGCUCUGUUUGGAUGUAAAAAAAAAAAAAACCAACAACAACCCCGUCUUCACCUUCUUUCUUCGAGAGAUUUUGAUCCCUAACACUUUUUGUUUUCCUGGCGCUGUGUGGAGUUUCUGUGCUCAUGGAUCGGCCACUUUGCGCCUCCUCUCCGGAUGCGUUUUGGCAGCUGUGAGCGGGGCGCGGCAGAGCCGUGAUGGGGACGGUGAUGGUGUGAAAGACGCAGGAGUUUCACAUCUGGUUUUUUGGGCCAGUCUGCAGCAGGAUCAGGAUGAGAAGAUGGCUGGCUGUGUGUUUCCAAUGGGACCAGAGAGCUUUCAGCGCUUCACGCCGGACUCCCUGGCUGCCAUCGAGCAGCGCAUCGCCCAGGAGCGGGCCCGACGCAACAAACACUACCAGGAGGACCUGGGCGACGUGGUGCGUCCGCGGUCCCGGCCCGACCUGGAGGCAGGGAAACAGCUGCCGCGCAUCUUCGCCGACAUCCCGUCUCAUCUGGUGGGCGUUCCCCUGGAGGACAUCGACCAGUACUACUUCAAAGACAAGAGGACCUUCAUAGUCCUGAACAAAGGGAAGGCCAUCUUCCGUUUCAGUGCCACAUCCGCUCUCUACAUCUUCAGCCCGUUUCACCCCAUCCGCAGAAUCGCCAUCAAGAUCCUGGUCCACUCGUUAUUCAGUUUGUUCAUCAUGUGCACCAUCCUGACCAACUGUUGCUUCAUGGCCAUGUCGGAGCCGGCCUACUGGGCCAAAUACCUCGAGUACACCUUCACAGGUAUCUAUACGUUUGAGUCGCUCAUAAAGAUCUUGGCGAGGGGUUUCUGUGUCGGACCAUUCACCUUCCUGAGGGACCCGUGGAACUGGCUCGACUUCAGCGUCAUCGUCAUGGCAUAUGUCACUGAGUUUGUGGACCUGGGUAAUGUGUCAGCCUUAAGGACGUUCAGGGUGCUGCGAGCGCUCAAAACCAUCUCUGUCAUCCCAGGCCUGAAGACCAUCGUUGGCGCUCUGAUCCAGUCCGUGAAGAAGCUCGCCGACGUGAUGAUCCUCACCGUCUUCUGUCUGAGCGUCUUCGCCCUCAUCGGCCUGCAGCUCUUUAUGGGGAACCUGCGGCAGAAGUGUGUGCGCAGCACGGAGCACUGCAUCAACGGCAGCCUGCCGGCCAACAUCUCCUUCUACUGCAACAACAAGACCUGGGCCUCCGUCAAGGACUUCAUCAACGACGAGGAUAACUUCUACAAAGUAGAGGGAGCCAAGGAUGCCUUAAUCUGUGGCAACAGCAGUGACGCAGGAUCGUGCCCAGAUGGGUUUGAAUGUCUGAAGGCGGGGAGGAACCCUAACUACGGCUACACCAGCUUCGACAGCUUUGGCUGGGCCUUCCUGUCCCUGUUCCGCCUGAUGACACAAGACUACUGGGAAAACCUCUACCACCAGACGCUGCGUUCGGCCGGUAAGACCUACAUGGUGUUUUUUGUGGUGGUGAUCUUCCUGGGCUCCUUCUACCUGGUCAACCUCAUCCUGGCCGUGGUCGCCAUGGCGUACGAGGAGCAGAACCAGGCGACCAUCGCCGAGGCCUGCCAGAAAGAGCGGGAGUUCCAGGUGGCCAUGGAGCGGCUGAAGAAGGAGCAGCAGGUUGCCGUUCAGAAACUUCCCGACUCGGACUCGAUGAUGUCACCAGAGCUCUCCCCGUUCGGCCUGCCAUUGGACUGCAUGGAGGAGCGGAGGCGGAGUCAGGCGCUGGUGGGCGUGACCGACGUGGAGGCCAACCUAUCGGAGGAGAAGCUGCUGCAGGUGGACAUGACGGACGGGGGAAAGCCGCUGCACCCUCUCCUCGCUCGCUCCUUCUCCACGAGGACUCGGCGAAGCAGUCAGGUUUCCUCCAUCUUCAACUUCCGUCUGCGGAGCCGCGGGUCGGAGGGCGAGAUGGCCGACGACGAGUACAGCGUCCCGGGGGAUGUGGUGGAGGGCGUGAGCGGCCGGACGUACAGCGGCGGCACCUUCAGCGGCAUCCUGCCCCACCCGUGGCCCAAACGGCGGCCCAGCACGUUCAGCACCGCCAGCAGGAGCUCCCAGGUAUUUUAUCCAACCCUAAACGUCAACGGGAAGCUGUUUGUUGCCAUGGACCAGAAUGGGGUUUCCCCACCAACGCUGCAGGGGCAGCUGCCCGCCUGCACCAUGGAGAAGGUCAAAGAGGAGAGCGUCCCCACGUCCAGCACGGAGCUCAGUACGAUGCUGUUACCUCGUCCGUCGUCCACACAAGACUCGGAGCAGAGGGGGAGGGCGCUCAGCGCCGCCAGCUACCUCACUGACGCCAUGGAAGAACUGGAGGAGGCCCAUAAGAAAUGCCACCCGUGCUGGUACGUCUUCGCCCACCGUUACCUGGUGUGGGAGUGCUCCCCCUUCUGGCUGAAGGUGAAGGAGCUGGUGAAGAUUAUGGUGAUGGACCCCUUCCUCGACCUGGCCAUCACCGUUUGCAUCGUCCUCAACACGCUCUUCAUGGCCAUGGAGCACUACCCCAUGACGGACGAGUUCAACGGCAUGCUGAGCAUCGGAAACCUGGUGUUCUCGGGGAUCUUCACGGCGGAGAUGGUUCUGAAGAUCAUCGCUCUGGAUCCGUACUACUACUUCCAGACGGGCUGGAACAUCUUCGACAGCAUCAUCGUGUGCCUCAGCCUCAUGGAGCUGGGCCUGUCCGACGUAGAGGGGCUCAGCGUGCUGCGCUCCUUCAGAUUGCUUCGUGUGUUCAAGCUGGCUCGCUCGUGGCCGACCCUCAACACCCUGAUCAAGAUCAUCGGGAACUCCAUGGGCGCUCUGGGAAACCUGACGCUCGUCCUCGCCAUCAUCGUCUUCAUCUUCGCCGUGGUCGGCAUGCAGCUGUUUGGUAAAAACUACCAGGACUGUGUGUGUAAGAUCUCGAAGGACUGCACUCUUCCUCGCUGGCACAUGAAGGACUUCUUCCACUCGUUCCUCAUCGUGUUCCGCGUGCUGUGCGGCGAGUGGAUCGAGACCAUGUGGGACUGCAUGGAGGUGGCCGGUCAGCCGCUGUGCAUCCUGGUCUUCAUGCUGGUCAUGGUCAUCGGGAACCUGGUGGUGAGUGACCUUUGA